CCGCCGUCCUCACCUUCUCCAAACCCUCCUCCCACCUCCUCCCCGUCCUCCGCCCCUACACCCCCAUCACCCACGCCAGCACCCCCGGCCACCUCGACCUCCUCGUCAAGCACUACCCCUCGGGCAAGCAAUCCACCCACCUGCACUCCCUCUCCCCCGGCGAUUCCCUCGCCUUCGUCACCGCCAUCCCUGGCUACGCGUGGCAGCGCAACCGCUUCCGCCGCAUCGCCUGCAUCGCCGGCGGCGCGGGCGUCACGCCCGUCUGGCAGCUGGUGCAGGGGAUCCUGGCGGAUCCAGACGACAAGACGGUCGUGGAUGUCGUGUAUGGGGCGAAUAGCGUCGAGGAUGUGUUGUUAAGGGAGGAGUGGGGGAGGCUGGUGGAGAAGAGCCGGGGGAGGUUGAGGGUGCACUACACGGUUAGUAGGGGUGGGGAGGAGGGUGGGGAGUUUAGGAAGGGUUAUGUGACGAAGGAGUUGCUGAGGGAGUUGGGGGUCCAGGGGGGCAAGGGGGAGGGGGAGGGGGAAGAGACGUCGAUGGUGUUUGUUUGUGGGCCGCCGAAGAUGGAGGAGGCGUUGGUGGGGAAGGGGAGGGGGGGUAGCGGGGGCAUUUUGGCCGAGUUGGGGUUUAGGAAGGAGCAGGUGUAUAAGUUUUGA